UGUCAUAUCUUCUAUUUUAAAUGGACGAUUUUAUGUUCGUUUGUUUAACGUAAAGUAGGUUCCUCAGCAUAUUUAAUAUGUGAAAGGUAGAAUUAGUUAUUAAAUAUCAGUGAAAUAAGAAUAAUCUAAAAUUCAAACUAAUAUAUUUAAGAAUUAAAAUGAAUGUAUCACAAAAAAUGAAUGAAAUGAUCAUGAAACAGUUUUUUAAAAUGGUACUUCGGAAAGAACUUUGUGAUGAAACGAUUAACGUGCUUCAUGUAAAGACUUCCAACUUUGAAAAGGGAAUCAACUUUCUUAGUGAUUUUUUCAAAGUGCGAAUUACGUAUACUAUUCUAUCCAAAAUUGACAAGAAAAUUGCGAUACAAAUCGCUGAUAUCGUCGUGAAAUCGGAGCCUAUAGACGGCAUACAAUUGACAAUGGUUCACGAACAGGGCAUGUUUAUACGCGAAUUAAAAAUGCUGAAAGAAGUUUUACCAAAGAUCGAGAAGCUUGUGCACAAGCAAUUAGGACCAAAAUUGUGGUACGGAUCUUCAGAAUUCAGAAUUCUUGUUAUGGAGAACUUGUCAGAAAGAGGAUUCGUUAUGAAAGAUCGACAAAAAGGAUUAUCGAUGGAACAGUGUCUUCUCGUGAUCGAGCAAUUAGCCAAACUACACGCAGGCUCUGUAGCCUUACACGAAAAGGAACCCAAGUUGAUCGAGUCAUUUAAAAGCGGCGGGAUUCUGUCUGUGAAUUGUCCAGCGAGUUUUAUGCGAAUGUCGGAAGUGUCUCUGUUGAAUGUGAGUAAAGCAAUUCGAGAUUGGACCGAUCAAAAGUACGCACACAUCGCGACUAAAUUAGAUAAACUGGCAAAGACGUUUAGAAUUAGAUGUGCCGAUAUUUACGAAUACGAACCUAACGAAUUCUGUGUUUUAAAUCAUGGUGAUUGUUGGAUUAACAAUAUAAUGUUCAAAGAAAGUGAUAAUGGAAAACUCAACGAUAUUCUAAUGGUGGACUAUCAAAUGUCUGUUUAUUCAUCUCCAGCUAUUGAUUUACACUAUUUUUUGAACAUUUGCCCGCAAAUAAAAUUCGAGAGUGAUGAUUUUUUACUGUUUUCAUAUUUGAAAACCUUGACGGAUACAAUGAUUUCGUUAGACUAUGCUACGAAAGCACUUACAAUGGAAAAAUUAAAAACAGCCCUACAUGAAAAACGAAUAUACGCUGUGUUUGCAGGUAUUAUACUUGGCUUGAGAAUGAUGGCCGAUUCAAAAGAAACAGAAGAUUUCGCGGACGUGUUGGAGAAGCUGCAGGGAGAAACAAAAAUGGACGUAUUUAAGAAUGCAGACACUGUGAUGUUAGUUCAAAAAAUGAUUCCUAUUAUGGAUCAAAGAGGCUAUUUUGAUUAAAAAUAACACAUUUAGUAAUUGUUAAUGUAAUUUUAUAUUAUUAUUAAUACGCAUAGUUUUUAUCUGCAUUAAACAAAGACUAAAUAUAGCACGCAUAUA